UUUACCUGUUUAGCUUCGUGUUUCUGGAUCGAAAUUCAGAAUUAAUUGUGAGUUGUAUGAAAAUCCUGUGUACACGAUGAAGCGCCACAAUGCCAAGAUCACGGAGAAGGAGAAGUCACCAAGUCCGUCGACGUACUCGCCACCCUUGGGCCUAUUCAACACGUCCUCCCCGGAAACAUCGGCAACCUGCAGCGGUCCCGUUUUAUACGUGGAUGUGGUGAAGAAUAUGCCCAAACUGGAGAUACCACAUCCUCCGCCGCCGCCGCCACCGUCACCGCCGGAAUUUAGCAUUUUUCGUGAGGACUUUCCGGCGCUGCCAGGCACCAGAUUGCCCUCGAACUCGUCUUCGGCGGUUCCGGACGAUUGGACGGCCAUGUUGACCGAUGAUGAAGAUGAAAACGUGGAUGAGGAGGAUGAAGAUGAUGAGGAUGACGACGAUGAUGACGGUGAGGACGACGAUGAGGAGGACGAGAGCGAGGGCUGCGAAGAUGACGGCGAUAGCUUUGAGGAGGGGAUCGCGAGCGAUGUCAGCCCAAUGAAUGCUACCAUGGAAAUGAACUUGGUGGAGGAGUCUAAAACCUCGGAAGUUUCGUCUAAUGCCGUAACUAAGGCACAGCCCCCCAUUGUCACCAAUCAGGACAUGGAGCUAAUCCAUAGGUACCUCGAAACUGCAGCUCGUUUUGAUGUUAGCCUAAUUUUUAGCCACCAGUUCUUGCAAGAAGGGGUCCGGCAGAGGGCAAUUCAUAGGGUCAUGGCCAAAAGCGGCCUCAGUCCAUUCCCAAAUAACUUCAUUAAACCACCACCGGGAUUCGAGGGCGCCAAGCUGUAUGCCCGCAUGAAGACCAAUCGCAUGGGCAUGCCCUUGGGUGGCGUUGACUUUGAGCUCGUUCCACCCGUGUUCGAGAAGCUUUGGAGGUCUAGGAUGGAACCAUCGCGAAAUGCAGUUGAGGGAGCUUUCGGCAUGCUGGGCCUGGCCAAGAAUCUGGCAUCUAUGACACGAGAUCCGCUUCUGAUUCCAAAGAUUCUGGAAAAUGAGGCCAAUCUCAAUCUGGGCUGCUGUGCUGGAGGGUCCGGUAGCCUUCACGCCUCCUUCUCAGGUCCCUUCCUUCCAGGGCGUUGUGCUCCCCACGAACUGAACUUCGAAACGCCGAUGAACUAUCGUUUGGCGGGCAGGUUGGGCCUACAACAGCCAAAGACAGAGGAGAUGGAGGUGGAGUUACUCUUCUUCUUCUUCUACACCUAUCCGGGCGAUAUGAUGCAACUGCUUUCGGCAGCAGAACUGGCGCAGAGAGGCUGGCGUUACCACAAAUUCGAGCGUUUUUGGAUCAAGCGGCAGCCCGAUAAUCCGAACUACACCUACCAAGGGUUCCAGGAGUCCGGGGAAUACAACUACUUCAACAUGUUUCAGUGGAAGAUCCUUCCGCGCUACUUCAAGCUUGAUCCCGAGCAGCUAGAGCGGACCAUCGCCAAGGAGGAACUGUACGAGAUAUACGGCUAUCAUCCCCAAAUGGGCGGCUACUAGAAUCUUCCCAGUCGAUCUCCUGUCGGAACCGUGAUCUUCCUAUUCGUCUCGUCGAUGUCGAAUUUUUUAUACAACAAACAAUUUUUAAAUCAAAAGAAAAAUUGAACAAUCUUAGAUCUCGCGUUCUUCUACUUUGUAUAAAAUAAUUUGAUAGAAUUUUCUAGACGAGAUGAUAAGUCAUUUUACAAGCAUUUAAAAACCAACCAAAAAUACGCACCAAAUUAUUGUAUUCUUUAUAAACAUAAAGUAAAAUAAUUAUUCUAUUUUUUAAA